UUAAUUAUGCAGGUCACCGUAUUAUUUCUGUGUCACAAAUACAAUUUGUUGAUUUUGGAGCAGUUACUGUACUGUACUCUGUACUGUGUCAGUUAUACCAAAACUUUAGCUCUUCUACCAAAACUCUAGCUACUUGCUAACACUGCCACUGGUAACGAUUGCAGCCGGUUUUUGACUAUUCUGGAUGGGGAAAAUGCUAGCAUUUCCGGUUCUGGAUCGGCGUAUAUUUUGGCUGUUGCUGGCGAUUGUUUUUUCUCAGAUUGAUGUCGUGAUUAAUCGGUCUUUCACCGUUGGUCACAAAUGCUUCCUAAAGGAUGGCCAACCUUUUCGGUAUGCUUCCGGGACAAUGCACUACUGGAGAGUCCCGUCCGAGUACUGGGAGGAUGGCUUCUACAAAAUGCGGGCUGCUGGAUUACUGGCCGUUGACACGUAUGUUAUUUGGAGUCUACACGAGCAAGAACCGGGUGAAUUUCGCUUCGACGGAAUGCUAAAUUUCACGCGUUAUUUCGAGCUGGCUCAAAAACACGAUUUACUGGUCAUUCUGCGAGCCGGGCCGUUUAUUGCUGCGGAAGUUGAUAUGGGUGGUCUACCUUAUUGGCUCUUGCGGAAGAAUCCCAACAUGGUCUUACGAAGCACGGAUCCAACGUAUCUCUAUUUUGUUCAAAGAUGGUACGAUGUCGUUCUACCGCUGAUAAAGCCGUAUCUGUAUGCUAAUGGAGGUCCCAUCAUAACCGUUCAGGUUGAAAAUGAAUAUGGAGCAUAUGGAUGCGAUAUCAAGUACAUGAACACACUGCGCGAUAUGUUUCGGAAAGUACUGGGCAACGAUAUCGUACUUUUCACUAAUAAUGAUGCAGAAGAUGGUUACUUAAAAUGUGGACGUUGUGACGGCGCUUUGAUAACCGGCGAUUUCGGGACUCCGACUAUUUCGGGAAAUAACGUUACAUAUUAUGUCAACAAUCUGGAAAAGUGGAAUCCGGAUGGACCACUGGUGGAUUCCGAGUUUUAUGUUGGAUGGCUGGAUGUGUGGGGAUCACCAUUUGCUACCGUACCCACCAGUGAAUUGAUAGAAAACAGCAAAACAUUGCUGGAUCGCAACGUCUCCUUUAAUUAUUACAUCUUUCGUGGUGGCACUAAUUUUGGUUUUAAUGCUGGAGCUGGUGAAGGACCGUAUCAACCGGUGACUACCACUUAUGAUUUUGACGCCCCUAUCACGGAAUGGGGCGAUCCGACUGAAAAGUAUUUGGCCAUCCGGGAAUUACUUGGAAAAUACUUCCCGUUGCCACCGGGACCUGUGCCACAGCCAUCGCCCAAGGGAGCAUAUGGCCCAGUACAGUUAUCUUACGUCGGCAAUGUCUUCAAUGUGCUGGAGCAGUUGUGCCCGGAAGGGCCGGUUUACUCUCAGUAUCCGAUGUCUUUUGAGAUGCUGAAGCAAGGUCACGGAUUUAUUCUGUACAGGAAUGUAAUCACUAAGAAAUUCCGAGAUCCCGCUAAACUGUCCAUUCCCGUGGUUGAAGAUCGAGCUUAUUUUUUUGUCGAUCAGGAACCGGUGGGCAUGAUCGAUCACGGAGUAGAACUGUUCUCGAUCAGUAUUUCUCUCGAACCCGGCCAGACUUUGGAUAUUUUGGUACAGAAUGGCGGACGAGGACGCUUUUAUCCGACAAAUAAUCCUAAAGGAAUUCUGAGCAAUGUGACUGUUGAUGGGCGGAACCUCACUAAGUGGGCAAUGUUUCCACUGCAUCUUCCUCAUUUUCCUGCAGCAAAUUUUCGUCCAUCUCGAAUCUUGGAAAUUCGUAACGAAUAUCGGUACAAACCUGGUGCGGCCUUUUAUUCCACAGAGUUUAUGAUUGAUAAAGCAUUGGACACAUUUCUGAAAAUGGACGGAUGGACUACGGGUUAUGCUUUCCUUAAUGGACGCAACUUAGGACGAUACUGGCCCGGACAAGGACCGCAGGUUACGCUUUAUGUCCCCGGCGUCUUUCUUCAAGAAAAGAAGCCGAAUGUUUUGGAAAUUUUUGAAAUGGAAACAGCUCCAUGCUCCCAAGCGAAUACCUGCAUCAUGGAGUUUGUGGAUACUCCGAUUAUAAACGGCACCGUGCCGGCGAUACAUGCAGCUGACAAAUAUAGACAGCGUUUUCCACGCAAGUAUUAAUCAGCUUACGUUCGCCAUGUGAUUCCAUUCUGCUGGAAGUGUUGACCGUAUCGCCGAAUCUACGAAGCCAGAACAGUAGUCCAGAAUUUCGACGUCUGCGGUUAUUUAAUCCUCUAAAAAUACUAUCUUACAAACAAUAUCUUGGCAUUUUGGUUCCGAUAAUGGCAGCCACACACGACCCUGUAUGAAUUUUUCGGUUUAGUUGCUAUUGUUGUGCGCGUUUUUAUAUUACGCUGUCGUAGUACUUUUUACCAGAGUGCAGUCCCACGCGUAGGCGAAGUUUGGGUGUGGAGGCUGUGCUAUUUCGAAAUGUUAGAAAGCCGAUAUCUCGCUUCAGAUAGAGAGCCAUGGUAGCGAUUUCACCAGCAUGUUUGAUCCCAUUGCGAACUGGUAAUCCGCUUACGACCUUAGACGAAUACAAAUUACUUGCAUAAUGAUUUCACUUCUCACUUUACUUUUAGCCGGCAGCAGACUUUACCAAAUAGGCAUCCUGAAAUUAAACCAAUAAUUACGUAAGAAUGUUGAAGUUCAAAUGCACUGUUGUUACUGUACUUUGACAGUUUCCACUUUGUAAACGUCAAACUUCUCAAUAACUGCAUCGCAUGUAGCGUAAAGAGUGUUCAAGAUGUACACAGUAUCCGCCGGUGUUUCGGCUUGUAA